GUGUGUAUGACUUACGUCAACCAUGCAGUCGGAUCGUUCCAAAUAUUUCGUCUAUUUAUGUAAAGUGUUGCUCUCGUAGUAAUUAUUUGUUGAAAGGGGACCGACUGCGACCUGAAACGUCGAUCUCGAAAUAAAAAUUUGUUUAUUUCCAUUCAACGCUUCGCGCAUAUUGCGGGAAAAAGUACUUUUCGGGUCCUUUUUUUAACUAUUUAAUUAGUUAUGGAUGCUUUUCGGACGACAAGUAUUCACUUAGAAGAAUGGGGUAGGCACCGUGAUACCGUUUAAAGACUAGUUUUAUUGUUUAUAUUUUUAUGGUGAGCCAAGGAGAUGGAUGGAUUUUGGACUUUUCAAAUAUUGUGUUAAGUGGAAUAGUUCGGGAGAAAUGUUGAAUAAAUUGAAGUAAUUAUUAAAAAAGUACAAAACAUAAGAAGAAAAAUACCAAGAUGGGGAAUUCCUGCAGCAGCGGACAGGCGCACAAAGACAAGGACAACAUGUCACAGAGGUCAGAAGAAUCGGGAAGCUAUCAGGUGCGAGCAAGUUUACCUUCAGAAAAACAACAGACGUUGCUGAACCACAUUACGCCUCAUUCCGGCGUCAUUUUGGAACCCACUACUGCCGGAAAACCUCAACUACCAUCUGGUAAUACUCCAACUACCACAGCGAGUGGUACUUUAGAAAAGAAGCCGAGUCUCACAAAAUCGUUUAAAGGGGCAACUAUCACUAGUGUCUCUGAUUCAAUGUCUUUAAGUUCGCCUCCAGGAAAUCAAAGUCCAAAGGAUUUUGAUAAGUUAUUUGACAGUAAUGUUCCAAAAGAGGUGUCUGAUCUGUCAGAAAACCUCCAAAGUUUGAUUAUGGGAAAAGUGGCUCAUACUAAAACUGUUCUGAAAAGUAGGAAAAUCGUUAUUUAUAUCUGUGCUGCUGAUUCACAAGAUUGUAAUGUUGAGAAAGGAGCACUACACAAUACUAUUUACCCCGAAUUAAGAGCAAACUGUAGAUCAAGGGGUUACGAGUUACACAUCGUAGAUCUGCAUUGGAAAACUCUUCUAGAAAAACAGCAGGACCACGAAUUUCCAGAGUUGUGUAUAGGAGAACUAACAAGGCAAAUGGAAGUAGCUUACAUAAUUCCUGUAUUAUUUUUAAAUAACUCCUUAGGCACUCAAUUAUUGCCAAUUACUAUAGAAACUCAAGAUUUUAACAUAGCGAUGGAGAGCGCCGAAAAUCAAUCAGCCCAAGGACUUUUAUCUAAAUGGUAUAUGUUAGAUAGUCAUGCUCAACCACCUUGCUAUAGACUGCGUCCAAUUUCUUGUCACAUUCCUGGUUUUAAAGAGACGUCGCUUCAAGAUAGAGAAAAGGCUUUUGCUGAAUGGGCUAGUGAGAUAGACAAGAUGUUGGCCGUGCUAAUUACCGUUUUUUCACAAGAACUAAAAGAUACUUAUUUAACAACAGUAGUUGAACAGGAAGUACAUAAUACAGUUUUUAUGAGUCAGGAACUAGCUAAGAGAUGUAUAUGGUUAAAUAGAGUUUACACUCCAACAGCAAAAACUCCAGACAACAUGAGUCCGGGAGAGGCUGAAGCACACAGAAGAUUAGAUAUUUUACAAAAAGACUUAAAGAAUCAAUUGGCUGAAAAACAUAUAGUAAGGAUACCAGUGAAGUACGUCGAGGGUGGUUUAAACAUUCAAAUACCGGAACAUGAAGAAUAUUUAGCAAAUGUAGUACAUCAUUUGAAGAAACAUCUUAGUGAAAUGAUUAAUACGAUAAUAGAUGAGCACCAGAGCAAAACUAUGCUUAAACCAAGUUUUGGUAUUGAGGCCACGUUGUUUGAAGAACUAAAUCAACAGACCACGUUUUGCCAAAAGGCAGCUCAGUGCAGCACCGAUAGAGAAAAAACCAUCAACGAAGUUAAGGGGUAUAUAAACGGAAGUAGUACAAAUCCAUUAGUAAUUUACGGACCCAGCGGAUGUGGAAAAACUACUCUGUUGGCCAGAGUAGCACAAUGCUGCCAACAAUGGUUACCAGAGGCGUUUUUAAUAGUUAGAUUUAUUGGCAUCAGCGCCCAAUCUAGUACAGUAGAACAGCUUUUGAGUUCAAUUACUAAUCAGUGUUCAAUUUUAAAUUACGGUCACAAAUGUCAUUGUACUCACAACAUAGAAACCUACCAAAAAGUACUUCCAAAUCUACUAACAGCAAGUUGUCUGCAAAGGCCGCUGAUAAUCUUAUUGGACGGUCUGGAUCAAGUACGAGCGUACAGUUCUAAAAACAUAGACUGGCUACCCACGGUUUUGCCAGAUAAUAUUAAAUUAAUAAUCUCUGUAUCAGAGCAAAGUGAUAUGCACGCCAAAAUUAGUGAAAAGCUUGACCAAGACAAUUUUAUACAGAUGCCUCUUCUUGGAGAAACCGAAGCCAAGGGUAUCCUGAUGUCUAGCGUCAUGCAAUAUAAUCAUAGCGUUAACUCUAAAAUUCAAGACUGCGUAUUGAAAUCUGUCCAAGAAUGUACCAUUCCUUUAUACUCUAAGGUUUUAGCAUGGCAAACAUCGUGGUGGGUAGAUAAAGAACACGAAAUCGUACCAAAAGGACACGUCAACGAUCAACUACAUCAAAUGCUAGAAGAACUAGAAACAAUUUUAGGAGAAACUCAAGUUCAACACGCUCUGGCUCUACUAACAUGUACAAAGCAUAGCCUAACUGACUCAGAAAUGAUAGACUUACUAGCUUUCGAUGAACAAUUCCAUACAGAUACAACAUUUGAAAAAACGUCUCUAUGUGAUGUUUUAGUUUCUUGGGCUCCGGCGUGCAUAACUUGGUCUAGAAUAAAUAAGUACUUAGCUCCAUUCCUCCAUUGGACCUUAACUGGUAAGGUACUGGGUAUUCAGUGGAAGGAUAAUUUGUUAAAGGAAGCAGCAUCUGAAAGAUUCAAAGAACAUAAAAAAUGGGCCCACCAAAUGCUUUAUGACUAUUACAAUGGCCGAUGGUGGAACAGUAAACCUAAAAACCUCCAGGCUCGAUUGGUCGUUCAAGAAAAUAUAUUAGGAAAAUGUUAUAACCGCAGGCGACUGGACGAACUUCCUUACCAACACUUCCAACUGCAUUCCAAUCUAGAGAACUCGAUGUUCCUCUCGGAUACUUCCUGGAUAUACGACAAAGUAUGUGGCUCCAACUGCUAUCAGAUAUUAGAAGAUAUCAACCUUCAUCCUCAAAUCUCAAAUCAAUUUACGCUUGUUCUUAAAGACUUUAUUGAAACUCACGCCUCCGUACUGAACUACGACGGCAAACAAUUCUACUCACACAUGUACAAAUAUUUAACUAAUAAAAUUAGCAAGAAUGAACUUAGUAUAGAAAAUAAUGACUCUAGUUUAUCAAAAGUGUAUAGUGUAUGUAAAUCUCCCCCUGUUUUAUCGCUGAUUGCUAUUAACGAAGAAGAUUCGGUGGAAUCAGACCAGUUUUCGGAGAAGACGAUUGAAGAGAAGAAUUUCGAUUUAGUUGUACGCCUUCCGAAGACUGAUCAGUUUAUUGUAACCGUCUCUACGAACAACAAAGAACUUUGUGUUUGGGAUAUUAUUAAUUGCCAACCAGUAAGGAUAUUGCAGGGUGUUCCACAUCCCAUUAACCUAAUACCAAUAGAUGAAUUUAAAUGUAUAGUAUUGUGUAUGCGAGAAUUAAGAACAUUCGAUCUGAAUUCUGGUAGUUUUUUAACCAAAUUAAAGGGUGUCAUGAACCAAAAGAUGCCCUACUAUGGGCUGCACGACCAAUCCCAUCUAGUGGCACUCAGUAGAAAUAGGAUGUACAUAAAUCUUAUGAAUUUAGAAAGUGGUAAGAUUUGA